CAAAUUAGCAAAAAUUAAUAGAUAAUGGCAUCAUCUGAUUUUUCGGAUAGUGACAUGGAUACCGAUCCUCUCGACGAAGUAUUCUCCGAAGCAGCAGAACAUUUGCAAAAAAUUCACAACACGCUCGACGCCACAGACCUUCUGGAAAUUUACGGUUUAUAUAAACAAGCAACUUGUGGUCGAUGUAAUACACCAAAACCAGGCGUUUUUAAUAUUCAAAGUCGCAGCAAGUGGUGUGCAUGGAAUGAUUUGGGUGAUAUGUCUGCCACGGAUGCUAAGCUCCAAUAUAUUGAAAAGGUUAAAAAAAUCGAUAUUAAUUGGCUACCAAAACAUCAAAUAGCCGAUAAGCAAAAGAGUGGAUCUGGCUGGGUAGUACAUUCCAUUCCACAAAGAAAUGAAGAAACUGAUAAGAAAGAAGAGCAUGAAAAGAAUGUAUUUGAUUAUAUAAAAGAAGGCAAUUUUAAUGAGCUCCAAAAAAAUCUUACAUUGGAAGUUAUGGAGCUUCUGGACGAACAUGGUAUGGGACUUAUACAUUGGGCCACCGAUCGUAAUUCUGUUGAAAUAUUAAAAUAUCUAAUUGAAAAUGGUGUAGAUGUUAAUUUCCGCGACUCAGAGCAGCAAACAGCUUUACAUUAUGCUGCCAGCUGUGGUCAUAUGGAAUGCAUACGAGUUUUACUAGAAGCAAAUGCCGAUCCUUUCAUCAAAGAUGUUGAUGGGCAGUCAUCCCUUGAUGUAGCCGAUAAUAAAGACGUGUAUGAAUUGCUUAAACCUGUUGCUAGUACAUAAAAUUUUUUAUAAUUUCGCUUACCAACAACUGCUAAUAAUGCUAAAAUAAGUUCUCUUUGUAAAAUUUGAAAUAAUUUAUCGGUAUAUUUAAAAGAAAUAAAAUUUUCUUAUUAUGAAUG